UGAAAAGUCCUGCUGCAGGACGAGGACAAAGAUUGCAGCCGGGCGACAAACAAACAAUGCCCGAAAGACGGCUGGCGGUGCAAUAAAGCAUAGUGCUUAUAUCCUCUCAUAUUUGUAUCACCGAAAAUAAACGCGACGCCUUUAAAAAGCUCGCUUGCUGCAUAGUGUCUCCGAGCCAGCUAUGUUUUGUAGGAGAUGUGACGAACCCAGCAGAGGGUGUCUUGUAGCGGCGACAGUGCUCAUGGCUGUCAAAACCGGCUUUUUCAGAUCCCGUCCGUCACAUCAAUGACUAUGGAUGUCAGAGCGGUUUUAGAGUUUGCCGCAGUUACCAGGGGGCUCUCUCUGUUUUUGCAGGCUGUCUUGAACGCUGCCAUCCCUGAUCAUGAAGCUGAUGCGUUCAGGCCCCCUCGGACAGAAGAGCCCCUGUACUUGGAUUCUGCCGUGGAAUGGCUGUUGGGUGGCCUCUCUCACUGGGACGCGGAGCAUUUCCUCUUCAUCGCUGAGAGGGGGUACCUUUACGAGCACAACUUUGCUUUCUUCCCCCUCUUCCCUGUCAUCCUCCGGGGCCUGGCGGAGACGCUGCUGUGGCCCCUGAGCAGCUGGCUGAGUGUGCGGGGGAGGCUGCUGGUGGCUGUCGCUCUGGGGAACAGUGCCCUCUUCCUGCUGAGUGUGGUCGCCUUGCACGCUCUCAGCAGAAUAGUCCUGCAGGACAGGCGCCUGGCCCUGCUCUCCAGCCUGCUGUACUGCAUCACACCGGCCAAUGUUUUCAUGACUGCCGGGUACUCGGAGAGCCUGUUCGCUGCCCUCACCUUCGGCGGCCUGUUCCUCCUGGAGAAAGGAUUCACCUUCCGGGCCUGCCUGGCCCUCAGCAUAGCCACUGCAGCGCGAUCAAACGGACUUGUAAACAUAGGCUUCCUGCUGUACCUCCCAUCGCUGCACGCCAUCUCCCAGAUCCGUGUGUAUCGCACAACGACCAAAGGCCACAGUAAAGUCUUCCACUACGUCUGGGCUGUCGUCCGUCUCCUGCUCACCUCCCUCUUGGGAACUGCAAUCAUUGCCCUCCCCUUCUGUGCUUUCCAGUACUAUGGGUAUAGGACGUUUUGCACUCCAUCCAUCUCCUUAGAGCGGAUCCCCCCUUCUCUCCUGUCACUGGCUGAGAGGAAGGGCUACCGGGUUCCAGAUGAAAACGGUCCACCCCCUCUCUGGUGUAUGAGACCCCUCCCACUGCUUUAUUCUCAUAUCCAGGAUGUGUAUUGGGAUGUGGGGUUCCUGCGUUACUUUGAGCUGAAGCAGAUACCGAACUUUCUUCUGGCUCUGCCUAUGGCCACUCUCGGCAUAAUGGCUGCUUACGCAUACUUUCACGCCAAUCGAGAACUGUGCAUGAGACUCGGGCUUUGGGGCACAAACAAAGGACUCGACAAACCCACGCCGGGAUUCUUCAACCCCAGGGUGUUUGUGUACGUUGUCCAUUCUGCAGUACUGCUGGUGUUUGGGACACUGUGCAUGCACGUGCAGGUUCUUACCAGAUUCAUGGCCUCCUCGUCGCCCGUGCCCUUCUGGAUAAGCGCUCACCUGCUCCUCCUCAACGAGCCGCUGCUGCAUCGAAGGAAAACGUCAAACCCCAGCGUGCAGAUACAAAGCCAUUCCAGAGACAGCUGCAAGCACACUCCUCAAAACCCCAUCACGGCGCUGCUGCCGCACUUCAAAGCCUGUUCCCCCACCACGCAGAGCAUCCUGGGAUACUUCCUCUCUUACUGGGUUCUGGGCCUCGCACUUCACUGCAACUUCCUGCCAUGGACUUGACUCAAGACACAAGGUUUAAAUGCAAUAUUUCUACGUAGGACUGGGCUAUCUAACAUUUCUUUCACCUACACAUAGUAAAUCCACACUGAGGUGUUUUCAAGUCACAUUUGAAUAAGAAUUUAGUGUUAAUUGCAAUAACAUUAAACAAAGACUGUGUCAUAUUAUUUAUUUAAAAAUCUAAAAGUACAAACAAACUCUUUCCUUUAUAUUGUCGUUAUGUUGCGUAAUGUUGAGAGAAGUUUGGUUUGCACAUCUUAGUCCUGUGCGUAGUUGUUUGAGGACAAACUCAAACGUAGAAUAUAACUGGAACUUUGUGGGUUUGUAAAUCUUGGGAUGACUAGGGUUGUACUUAGGGUAAUAAAAUAAAUUAAUUAAAAAAUAAAUAAAUAAAUAAAAAAUCGCAGGCAAACUUUAAAGUAGAAUAUACCUAAAACUUUGUUUGUUUGGACAAUUUGGGAGCUCUAUGGUUGUACUUGAAAAUAUUUUUUAUUUCUUGCUGAGGCUAGUAAAAAUUUUAUUUAUUUUUUUUAUUUACUCAGUUUAAUGCACUGAACUGCAUGUUACAAAGAACUACUGCAAGUCCUGCCUUGGAACUUUUAAUUAAGAAUGAAAAACAAACUAAUUAAAUAAUUGAAUCUAGUUUAUUUAGUCUUUUCUUAAUUUUAUGUAUAUACUGUAGGUAAUUGUUCUUUCUUCAGGAAUUGCUGUACAACAUUGAUAUUGUGUUUUGUUGUAAAAAAUAUUUGUUGCCAAAGUUUUGCUGGCACGUCAGCCUUGAAUUUCAAAUUAAACAAAAUGUGGCAAACCGAA